AUGGGAAAUACACACGGAAGUAAAAUUCAACGAAAAUUUACAAUGGAAUUUUUAAAUAAUGUACCGUUCAAUAUUCAAGUUCCAUCCUCACUUCGAGAUCCAAAAGAUGUUACUUUUUCAAUUGACCAACUUCAAAAUUUACAAACAAUCGACGAUGCACUCUGGAAUUCAAAUACAAUUCAUCCAGAGACACGACGUUUGAUGCGAAUGCUUAUACAAAUACAAACAAUCAAUGCUGUAUGCAAUGCUUUCUAUCGACUACUUGAUAAUACUAGAAUACAGUUACAUGCUGAUAUGAUGGCAAAUGCUGCUCUAAAUACGAAACAGUAUAGUAAUAAUUAUCAGUAUGACACUAGUCGACAACAGCGUUCAUAUGAUCAACGAACAAAAAUUUUCGUUGUGAAUGGAGAUUGUCUUGAUAUUGUCAGUUGUUUCAGAGAAAAAUAUCAAAAUUGUAGUCCUGUUGUACUUAAUAUGGCAUCUGCUACUUGUCCUGGUGGUGGUUGGAGACAUGGUUGUGGAGCUCAAGAAGAAAAUCUUCAUCGACGUACAAAUCUCUUUCAAUGUCUUGAAGAUUCUUAUCAGCAAUUAGUCGGGAAACGAAAUUGGAAUUAUCCUAUACCUGAAUUUGGUGGUAUCUAUUCUCCUAAUGUGAGUGUUUUUCGUGGUUCGGAAGCUCGAGGUUAUCCAUUUUUUCCUAAUGGCCCAGAAUAUAUAUCAUUUAUUGCUUGUGCUGCUUACGCUUAUCCAAGUACGACAAUAAAUAAAGAUGGAGAAAUGGAACUCUAUGGUUCAGAUGUCAUACAUAAUACUAUGAAAAAAAUGGAAACUAUUUUAAAAAUUGCUCUUGACAAUGAACAUGAUACUGUUAUUCUAUCAGCAUUCGGAUGUGGCGCAUUUAGAAAUCCUCCACGACACAUUGCGAAAUUAUUUCACAAGUUGAUUUCCGAGAAAUACUCUCAAUCGUUUAAAUAUCUAAUUUUUGCUAUUAUUGAUGAUCAUAAUUCUAUGAAAAGUCAUAAUCAAGAUGGUAAUAUUAAGCCAUUUGCUGAUAUUUUUAACGAACCAAUUUUAUCAUUGGAUGAAUUUUAA